GGCUUGGCUGUGUAUCAAAAGGCUGCCAGGGUGUGCGAGAUCUCAGCCUCAAAGACUGGAUCUACAGACAUGGUAAUGACUGCACAGUUAAGGGCCUCUUACCUUGUUCCUCUUGUGCUAGUCAGCUUUGCACAGACAAAUGCCAAGCCUGAGAAGAUGAAGAUGGAUUGCUACAAAGAUGUGAAAGGCACCAUCUAUGAGUAUGGAGCCCUCAGCCUCAAUGAAGAGGAGCACAUUCCGUUCAAGCGGUACGCGGGCAAGCACGUCCUCUUUGUCAACGUGGCUACCUACUGUGGCCUGACAGCUCAGUACCCCGAACUGAAUGCACUUCAGGAGGAGCUGAAGCCCUUGGGCCUGGUCGUGUUGGGCUUUCCCUGCAACCAGUUCGGAAAGCAGGAACCAGGAGAGAACUCAGAGAUUCUUCUGGGGCUGAAGUACGUCCGUCCAGGGAGAGGAUACGUACCCAAUUUCCAGCUCUUUGAGAAAGGGGAUGUGAACGGCGAGAAGGAACAGAAGGUCUUCACCUUCUUGAAGCUCUCCUGCCCUCACCCCUCUGAGGUUCUGGGCUCAUUCAGACACAUAUCCUGGGAUCCUGUAAAGGUCCACGACAUCCGCUGGAACUUUGAGAAGUUCUUGGUGGGGCCUGAUGGAGUCCCUGUCAUGCGCUGGUUCCACCGGACUCCCAUCAGCACGGUCAAGUCAGACAUCCUGGAGUACCUGAAACAGUCCAAAAGUAAAUAGGAAGGCCAGUUUGGGGGAGAAGACACCCUGCUUCUUAUCCGAAGACCUUUAAAAAAAUUCCGUAUUUCACUACACUCUUCCUAAAUGGCCUCCACUUGACUAAAUCAC